CCAAAGUGGCAACCAAUGAGGAGGCGCAGACUCCGCCAAAUAUCCAAUGGUAGCGCGGCUCCGGGCGGCUGGUGGAUGAGCGGGGGCAGUGCUGAGCUGCGGAAAAUGGCGCCCAGCUCGAACGCUGACCGAGAAGCAAAUAAACAAAAGCAGGCGAAAAAACCAAGGCAGCACCUCAUAAAACUACUCACCAAGGGGCAGAUAUCAGGCCAGCUAUCGCACCGUCUCUUUAAGAAGCUCCCUCCUCGUGUCUGUGUCUCCCUGAAGACCAUUGUGAAUGAUGAGUUCUUGCGGGCAGGGCACAUCUUCCUGGGGUUCACGAAGUGUGGUCGCUACGUGCUCUCCUACACAAGUGACUGUGGGGACGAUGACUUCUCUUUCUACAUCUACCACCUAUACUGGUGGGAGUUCAACAUCCACAGCAAGCUCAGACAGGUGCGUCAUGUUCGCUUGUUCACGGGGGAGGAGAUCUACAGUGACCUGUACCUCACGGUGUGCGAGUGGCCCAGCGACCACUCCAAAAUCAUCAUCUUUGGGUUCAACACACGCAGCUCCAGCAGCAUGCUUAUGAACAUGAUGAUGAGUGACGAGAACAACCGCGACAUCUACAUCACUGUGGUGACCAUGCCCCCCUUUCAGUCCUGCAAGGUUUGCAACGAGCUCGCGGCCACCACCAGACCAGGUGGCAGUGCCCAGUGCCUGCAGCACGGCUUCAUGCUGAACACCAAGUACCAGGUCGUGUACCCGUUCCCCACCUUCCAGCCAGCCUUCCAGCUCAAGAGGGACCAGGUGGUGCUGCUCAACACCAGCUACUCCUUGGUGGCAUGUGCGGUGUCUGUGCAUGCUGCAGGGGAGUGUGAGAGUGACCAGGUGCUGUACUGCAGGAAGGACCCCCCUCACUCAGGGCUGCCUGACGCAAUGCCUGCCUCCUCCUCGUCCUCAGCGCUUGGUAGCCCCUGCAGUUUGCAUGAUCAGAAACCACCCCCGCCUUCUUGUGAGGACCCCUCCAAGCCCCGCCCCUCCACUUCCUGCCCCGACCAAUCACUGGCUGCCUCUAAGGCUCGGGAAUUUGCAGCGGACAUCUUCAGGAUGGCCCAGGGGAGAGCAGCAGGAGAAGAGAAGAGGGAAGAGAGGGGAGGGGCGAGCAGUACCACCUGUGUCAGCACAGGCCAAGUGGAGGAAGCUUUUCAAUGCGACACAGCUUCAGUAUCAGCUUCCUCUUCCUCCUCCCCACUACAGCAAGGGGGACCCGGGGCAGAUGCUGGUUAUGUGAACUACACCAAGUUGCGCUACUGCCUGCAACCACAAGGUGGGGGAGAGCAGGAGACUGAGUAUGAAGAUGAGAAGAUCCUGCUGCCCUUUACUAUGACUGACCUAAAGGGACGGAGCCUGCAAGCACUAAGAGGGGAGGUGCAGAGUCAGGGUCAGUAUGUGAUGGUGGAGCAGCUGACUCUGGAUUUCGAGUACGUCAUCAAUGAGGUCAUUCGGAACGAUGCCGCCUGGUCCAAACAGUUCUGCUCCUUCAGUGACUAUGACAUUGUGAUCCUGGAGGUGUGUCCUGAAAUGAACCAGGUGGUGAUUAAUAUUGGGCUGCUACUCUUAGCAUUCCCUACACCAGAGGAAGGGCAGAUCAGACCCAACACAUACCACACCAGUCUGAAGGUGUCCUGGGACCUCAGUACUGGUGCCUUCAGGACUGUGGGAGUGGGGGACCUCACUGAGGUCAAGGUGCAGUCCAGUGGCAGCGUGUGGACCUCCUAUCGAAAGAGCUGUGUGAACACUGUGAUGAAGUGGCUGGUCCCAGAGAACAGCACCCGAUACAUCAACCGCAUGACUAAUGAGGCUCUGCACAAAGGGUCGUCUCUGAAAGUGCUGGCUGAUGGCGACCGAUACACCUGGAUAGUGCUGUGAAGACAGACAGACAGACGGACGGAGGGAGAGAGAGAUAGGCAGGCUCGCCUCUGGAAGAUACUGGUUAAACAACACGGAACACAACUAUUAACAACAAUAUUAAUGCAAACAAGAGCAGGAAGAAGAAAGAGUCAGAAAACUACCUCUUGAAUAUUGUCUCUGCAUUCCAAAUUUUAACGAAUUAUUAUUACUAUUAUUAUUUUUAUUGUCACAAUCAUUAGUACUGUUGUGCUUUACUGGAUCGAAACAUUUAUCUGUCUGAAGUAGGAGGGGCUGGGAGUGGGGGUUUAGACUAAAGCUGGUCCAUAUUUUACUAUUUCAGUGCUUGAAAAUCCCACUCAACCCUUCUGCCUCAUAAAAGGAAUUGGAAAUGCUGUUACUGUCCAGGUUAUGCCUGUUUUGUUACAUUUCUGUCUGAUUUGAAGGAAGCCUUGCAGAGAACACUGGGGGCUGAGUGCUGUACAAGACCAAAAGCACAACCGCAUAGUGUUUUGUAGUUGGUACAAAUCAUCUUCUCCCUAACUCUUGUAGUUGGUGUGAAUAGUCACAAACAAUAGUGCUGGCACCCUACACUUAUUAUAUCAUAAUUCAAGGUAACAGAUUAAGAACAAGCAUUUAGCAAACUUUAACCACUUUU